AUGCUGUUGUUUGUGGUCAGCUUUGUCGCACUAGUGUGCACGGUCGCUGCACGGCCUUCACUCAACUACCUGGAGAAUCAUUUCGACGCCGAGAACGAGUCAGAGGAGGUCCGUUCAGCUGCCAUCAAGAGACUUCUGGAGGUUUUUGGAAUGGAGGACCCCCCUGCAAUCCACGGACGCAAGCAGCCACCUCAGUACAUGCUUGAUCUGUACAACACGGUUGCUGAUGUGGAUGGUGUGACCAAGGACCCGUAUCUCCUGGAGGGGAAUACUGUGCGCAGUUUCUUUGACAAAUUGCGAAGUGAACAGGUGGAGUUCAGGUUCAAUUUGUCUACGGUUGCAAGAACUGAGAAGGUUUUAACCGCAGAGCUCCAUCUUUUCAAGCUGCGUCCUCAGGCAACACUGACAUUCAACAGACACCACUUCUGCCAGGUUAGUGUCUAUCAGCUGCUUGACACCACUAAAACUAACAACACACAGGAGAAGAAGUUGCUGUCUUCUCGACUCAUCCCAGUUCACUCUGCUGGUUGGGAGGUGUUCACCAUCACACAAGCAGUUCGAUCCUGGAUGGUGGAUGAAGGCAGCAAUCUGGGACUCCAUGUGGUGGUUCAGACCCUGGGAGGAAGCCAGAUGGAUAUGAAACUGAUCCGCUUUGCUUCAGGACGCAACCACCACCAGAGCAAGCAGCCCAUGUUGGUUCUCUUCACUGAUGAUGGCCGCCGCUCUACCACUCUUGAGAGCACAGAUCCAAACGAUACCACAGCCACUUCCAGCCUGCCCCAUGUGCCCAUGUCAGGUCCAUCCUCCCGCAGCGCUCGCUCCCUGGACUACAUUGAGGAGGAGGGUGCGUCUAUGUCCUGCCAACGCCUGCCUCUCUAUGUUGACUUCGAGGAGAUUGGCUGGUCAGGCUGGAUUGUCUCUCCCAGGGGUUACAACGCUUACCACUGCAAAGGCACCUGCCCUUUCCCUCUGGGUCAGAACAUGAGGCCGACUAACCAUGCCACUGUCCAGUCCAUCAUCAACGCCCUGAAGCUGAUCAAAGGCAUUGAGACGCCGUGCUGUGUGCCAGACAAGCUCUUCUCCAUCAACUUGCUCUACUUUGAUGAUGAUGAGAAUGUGGUGCUGAAACAGUAUAAUGACAUGGUGGCUGGAAGCUGUGGCUGUCAUUGA